CGGAGCUACGAGCACCGAGAGGGACCCUUUCCAUAUCAGCUAGGAGGGAGAUCAAAUUUUUAGUCAAAUUCGUUAGCCCGUUUUCACAACGCAGUCUUUCAAGUUGAUUAUUCAAACACAAAAAAGAGGGACGCGAGCCAAGGAUGAAUGGUGAGUCAGGUGCCGGAGUGGUGACGGCCCCCCCUCCCACCACAGCUCCCCACAAGGAGCGCUACUUUGACCGGGUAGAUGAGAGCAGCCCAGAGUAUCAGAGGGAGAGGAACAUGGCCCCCGACCUGAGACAGGACUUCAACAUGAUGGAGCAAAGGAAACGAGUCUCCAUGAUACUGCAAAGUCCGGCAUUCUGUGAGGAGCUUGAGACCAUGAUCCAGGACCAGCUGAAAAAAGGAAAGACUCCCACCAGCCUGUUGGCCCUUCAGCAGAUUGCUGACUUCAUGACGACUAGUAUCCCCUCCAUGUACCCUGCUGCACCACAAGGAGGCAUGGCAGCACUCAACAUGAGUUUAGGUAUGGUGACCCCGGUAAACGAUCUACGUGGCUCAGACUCCAUCUCCUAUGACAAGGGUGAAAAGCUGCUGCGAUGCAAAUUGGCCGCCUUCUAUCGACUCGCUGAUUUGUUUGGCUGGUCCCAGCUUAUUUAUAACCACCUCACAGUCAGGGUGAACUCAGAUCAAGAGCGAUUUCUGAUUGUCCCUUUUGGGCUCCUAUACAGUGAAGUCUCUGCAUCCAGUCUGGUGAAGAUAAACCUUCAGGGUGAGAUCGUGGACAGAGGCAGCACAAACUUGGGGGUAAACCAGGCCGGCUUCACUCUGCAUUCUGCCAUUUAUGCUGCCCGACCUGACAUCAAGUGCAUUGUACACAUACACACACCUGCCGGUGCUGCCGUGUCAGCGAUGAAGUGUGGCCUGUUACCUAUCUCACCUGAGGCUUUGUCCUUGGGUGAAGUAGCCUACCAUGACUACCAUGGCAUACUGGUGGAUGAGGAGGAGAGUAUACUUAUACAGAGAAACCUGGGGCCUACUAGCAAGGUGCUAAUCCUGAGGAAUCAUGGUUUGGUGUCUGUUGGAGAGACGGUUGAGGAAGCUUUCUAUUACAUCCACAAUUUGGUCACUGCCUGUGAAAUCCAGGUUCGAACCUUGGCCAGUGCUGGGGGGCCAGACAAUCUGGUGAUGCUGGAUCCAGUGAAGUACAAGUCACGCCCACGAGUCCCUGGGCAAAUUGGUGAUGGGACCUCUACACAGCCCAAGUGGCAGGUCGGGGAGCAGGAGUUUGAGGCUCUGAUGAGAAUGCUGGACAACCUGGGCUACAGGACGGGUUAUCCCUAUCGCUGCCCCGCACUGCGUGACAAAGCUAAAAAGUACAGUGAUGUUGAGAUUGCUCCCUCCGCCCAUGGUGGCUAUUCCUAUGGGGAUGACAGUGACUCAGGUGCUCGCUCCCCGCUGAAACACAGCUUCCAGCGUGGCCAGCGUGACAAGACCCGCUGGCUCAAUGCCAGCGGUCGGCCCGACGAGCCCUACGAAGAUGGGCCAGAUGGCAGCAGCCCCAAGUUGAAGACUAAGUGGACAAAGGAAGAUGGGCUCCGCCAGGCUGCAGUAGCCAAUCAGUUCAUUCCAUUGAACACUAACCCCAAAGAAGUCCUGGAGAUGAGGAAUAAGAUCCGAGAGCAAAACCUACAGGAUAUAAAGACAGCAGGUCCCCAAUCUCAGGUUCUGUGUGCUGGUAGCAUGGUGGAACGUUCCUACGGCCAGGGGGAGCUGAUCACGGCAUCCAAGGCCAUCAUUGAGAAGGAGUACCAGCCGAAGGUUAUUGUCAGCAAGCAGGGUCCCAACCCCUUUACUAAGCUCACUGACCAAGAGCUGGAGGAGUACCGCAAGGAGGUGGAGCUGAAACAGAAGGGGCCUGAAGACCAAGAGCAGGCAGUAGAGCCCGAGGAGGAGGCAAAAGGCCAGAGCCCUACAUGCACACCCCCAAGUACCCCCAUCAGGGCAGAGGAAGAGUCCUUGCCAGAACAGACUUAUAAGGACGAGAGUGAUGCAGCCACCCUAAGACAGACCCUUCCUGACUUGACCCCCGACGACCCCUCCGACGCCCCCGCCCUUCCUGCCGAGGACGUCGCCCCUGCCACUGUUGGUGCAGAUACAGCUGAGGGGGAGGAGCCUGCAGACACCGCUGACCAGGAGGGUGACGAGUCUCCCAGCAAGUCACCCUCCAAAAAGAAAAAGAAGUUUCGUACACCUUCCUUCCUGAAGAAAAACAAAAAGAAGACAGAGCCGUAGAUUGGGAAACGUUGGGAUGGUCCUCAAGGCUGGCUUCAUCUUUUAGUUUUUGCUUUUCGUCCUCUUACCAAUGCACCAUAGGAAUAAGCACCCAUGCGUUUUUUUUAAGUUUAUGCUUUUUUUUUUUUUUUGUUACAAUUUGUCUCUGGCUUAUUAACCUGUUUAUCAAUGUUAGUGUGUGCCAAUUUUGUAUACCGUGUAUGAGUUGGUUGCUUGAAGGAUUUUAAGUAAUAGUGCUUUUAGUUGUGAGUGAGUACUGCAUUAUAUCUUGUCCUGUUCAUCUGUGUGGCUUUUUAAACAUCUUAUACAAGCCGCACAGUUGAUAUGAGGUCCAAGGUUUUUAAUGCCCUAUUUUGUUUAAAGGAUAUUAACUGUUAACCACUAGAAUGUAUUGGGAUUGUAUCAAAAGAUGUCAAAGUGUCUUAAAAACAAGGAAUGCAAAAGGAGAAGCUGCAAUCUUUUUGUUUUUACAGAUGGCAAAUUACAAUAAAUAAAAACUACAAAUUGCA